UCUUCACUUCUACCCUCAUACUCACCUCUCUCGCCUCCUUCCUCUCCGUCACCUACUAACACAUAUCAUCUCUGGCAUUUCCCCGUCUGUUGUCUCCCUCUCCCUUCACUCUCCCCUCCAUUUCUCCCUUCUUCCUACACACUCAACCUUGUUGCCUUGUGCAAACUCAGGCGUGCACACACUCCUGCUGAUUGGCACCCAAGGACAGUGCACCCUCUCUCCUAUACCGCCGACCAGGCGGUUUGCUCGUGUGGCCAGCAGGCUUCUUGACACUGAGCUCAGCUGAGGAAGAGGACGAGGAAGAGGCCAUGGAGCACAGCCACAUCUUUCCUGUUUUUCCCCCAAAUGGCAGCACUUGGAGCCCGGGGCAGCAACCCUCUGAGUUUGCCCAGGGAUGCCCUCUUGGACCACUGCCUGUCAUCUACUACAGCGUUCUGCUCUGUCUCGGCUUGCCGGCUAAUAUCCUAACAGUGGUGAUCCUGUCCCAGCUGGUGCUGCGUCGUCAGAAGUCCUCCUACAACUAUCUCCUGGCUCUGGCAGCCGCCGACAUCCUGGUCCUGCUCCUCAUUGUUUUUGUCGACUUCAUAUUGGAGGAUUUUAUUUUGGCCACGCCGCUGCCUCCGUCACUAAACAAUGCGGUGCAGGUUCUGGAGUUCUCCUCCAUCCAUACGUCCAUCUGGAUCACCGUGCCUCUCACAGUUGACCGUUACAUCGCUGUUUGCCACCCGCUGCGCUACCACACAGUCUCCUACCCGGCCCGCACACGAAGGGUGAUAUUUGCUGUGUAUAUUGGUUGCUUGUUGUCUGCAGCUCCCUAUUACUGGUGGCCUGAGCUGUGGCACAGCCUGCCCGGGGUGGGCAGUGUUGGUGGAGGAGGAGGGGAGGGCAACAGGAGAACCGUGGUCCAGCAUGUCCUGGUGUGGGCCCACUGCGCCACUGUCUACCUCCUUCCCUGCACUGUCUUCUUCUCCCUCAACGCUGUCAUCGUUCGUAAGCUGCGCAGACGCCGCAGCUGUUUCCGUCUGCGAGGCUACUCUACCGGCAAGACCACCGCCAUUCUCCUGGCAAUCACUUCCAUUUUCGCUGUUUUGUGGGCGCCACGUACCCUCAUGAUCCUGUAUCACUUCUACUCCCCUCCUCCAGCCUCACAAGGUGCCGGCCGACUGCUCCACGUGCUCACCGAUCUGGCGAACAUGCUAGCGUUGCUCAACACCGGGGUCAACUUUUUCCUCUACUGCUUCAUCAGCAAGCGUUUCCGGGGCAUGGCGGCCAACGUACUGCGAGCCCUGGUCCACUGCCGGAAGCAGCCGCCACCAUUCUACGCCAGCCACAACUUUUCCAUCACUAGCAGCCCCUGGAUCUCACCAGCCAACUCCCACUGCAUCAAGAUGUUGGUGUACCAGUAUGACAAAAAUGGGAAGCCCAUCUGUAUUUCCUCUUGAAUCCUCAGCCACCAGCAGCCGCCCCCACCCUCAGUUGUUGGGGAACAUAUUCAGGCAUUAUCUCCUUGGUGACCAGCUUUGCCCGCAUGGGACUCUUUGAGGCUUGAAAAUGUCAACACACACAGAGAGCACAUAGGUGACAGUUUAGCUAGCUUUGAGCGAUAACAAAGCGGUUGGCUAGCGAAGUGGAAAAGCAAACAGCAGAUGCGCGUCUGACAGAAAAUAGCCUCUCAUGUUCAAUAAAGUAUUCACAAAGCAGUGACCAGCAUCAAAUAAAUGUUGAUUGUUUCCUCCAUGCAAAAAACAUACAGCUACUGUAUAAGUGACUCCAGACUCACAGACUGAUAAAGGGAUAUAACCACCAUCUAUCACUGACUUUUAUGAGCCACAGCGCUAAAGACUAAACUGGCAACUGGAUGAAUCCUUGGUGAAGCUUCACACCUUGACAUUGAUUUCUUUAUGGACGCUCUCUGUUGCCAACCGUGAGGAGCUUUGAACAGCUGCAUCUUUGUGCGGUGGGAGUCAUUUCCAAAAAGCAGAGAUAUCCAGUCUUGGCACUGAACAUCUCACCUCGAGUGGUGAUUCACUCAGGCAGACUCACCGACGGUUCUGUCUGUCUCUCAAGCAAUGUUAAAACAGCGCUGUCAUUUAUAGUUUAAUAUCAGAGGAGUCUCAAAGGCAUGUUAAUUUGGGCUUUCAUCAAAUGAACAGCCCUCCCUGACUUUCCUCUUGUGUGUGCCAAGUUCAUCCUAGCAGUGCAGGUCACCUACAAGUCCACUUUUCUUUGGAAGUUACCCCACGGAUUGUCUUAGGAUGAGUAGACUCUGCUUAUUGUUGGUUAAAUAUUUAUUAAUGGUAGACUUGACUGUUAUUGUAGCUUCACAAAAAAACAAGACAAAAAAUAUGACUUGUGUGAGGUGUCAUUAAUCUAGUAAUCACAUUUCCAAUAUUAGGAAGAGGAAAUUUCUACUAUUAGUAGAUAGUCCUCUAUUAACUAUUAAUGGUCCGUGAUGACUUACUGUUAACCAUUAUCUGGAUGAAUAUAAUGAAUUUAACAGCUUUAACCCUUUAGCUUUUUUGAGAGACUGAGUGAGAAACAGAGAGAUAGAGAGGACGGUAAAAUCUGUACUCCUUCCCUUUCGGUUUGUUUUCCCUCGUUCAAGGUUUUCUGUCCCACGGUGCAGCAGUGAAUUUGGUCUCAGGGCCAAAGUGACACAUUUCAGCUCUGCUCAUUCUGCCGCUGGCUGAUGGCAAUUCAAUAACAUUUCACACGAAACACAGUCACGUACGUCAACUCUGUCUCAGUGCUGCUCGAGUCCUGCCCGGUAACAAACCAUAAAUGCACACACACACACGCACACACACACACACACACACACACACACACACACACACACUGUCCUCUGUAUUGCCCACAGAAAGAGCACAUUGGGAUCAAUGCACAUCUAUUCUGCAGACACCUUGCGGCAUUAACAGUGUUCAUCUAUCUAGCGAGAACGGAGCUCAGCCAAAGGGCAGAUUUCUCCUAAUAUCUGCCUGGAGAUAUCAGACACAUCAGGCCUUGUUUUAAUGGAUAAGGCUUUAAAUCUGAUUAAUGUUACGUGCAUCUGUCGUAGCUGAUAAAGGCAUGCCCUCCAAACUCUUGUUCGACACCCAAAUGUCAGAGACACUUGAUGGGGUGACUGCCGCAGAUUUACACAAAAUACUGACUGUAGCUGAAGAUCAGGGCAAGCGUUUAAUAGUUUGGGCCAUUUUUCAAGUCAGUUAUAAUAACAUUACUCACCAGCUUCAUUGCUGAGAUAUGGGGACAUGUCAACUCAACAAGAUACGUCGAGGAGUACGAGUGAUCAGCCUGUUUAAACAUCUUACCGGUUUAAUGAUAUUAUCUACAUUUAAAGUAGAUGACAGGCAUUUUGCACUUUUUUCCUUUUUUUCUGGUUUUAUAAUUGGGUUAAAUUGGGAUUUAAGGUAAAAGGUAACUAUUUAAUCUUUACCUUCACCAUGCGUUUUGUCACACAGAGCUGAAUGAAGCCAUAUCCUACUCGGUGCUUCAUGUCAGCCAAAGUCUGCGUUCAAACUCAGAUUUUACAAAUGUACUUUUCUAAAACAUGAACAUCUUUAACACCUUCCAUCCCAUUUGAACAUGGCAAUAGAAUAUGGUCAUAAGGUUUUUAGACCAAUCAAAUGUCUGAACUGUUAGAGAGGAGAAAUAUUUGAGAGCUUAUAAAAGAACUCAUUCCUUCUCCAUGCCCCUCACAAGUAGGUACACGUUUGGCUAAACCUUCACUACCUGUUGCAAUGUAAAGUGUUGUAAAAGAUCUAAGCAAUAUAAUUGGUGAAUAAAUAAUAAUAUGGCCCAAACUUCAAAGACCUAGUUUAAAACUGUAAGGACAAACUGUGAAAGUAUCUUCCAAUUCAACCCAGAGCAUUAAAAACAUUUUAUUCAAGUGCUGUACUUACACCAAUUCCAAAUGUUGGCUUAUGUGAUAGACUUUCCAAUUUCUUUUCCCAUCAAAGACUACUUUAACUGUAGUGAACCUAUUUGCCCAACUUCCAAAUUCCCCCCUUUUUCAGUUCAGUUGUGGCUCUUCCACUUUCAAUUCCCAUUAUUUUGUUCCUUACAAAUUGAUUUUCUUCAAAAUGACAAUGUGAAUGAGGGAGCACUGAUGGACACUUGCUUCUCACCUGCUUCGCUCUGCACUUCUCCCACUCAUCCCUCUUCCCUCCCACUUUAUGUCAAAUGGAUUCGCUCAAAUUUAAUUUCACAAGUGUCCUUUUUACUCGUUAACUGAUGAUCUUGAAAGUCUUCUGUGCUAAAUCACUGCAUGAUUUCUCAUCAGAAAAUGGAUCCAUGCGGUUAGGGACCUUGAGAUGAAGCUGGUGGAUGUCGAGCUUUAUUUGAUGGAGAUGAACGGCCAUGGUCGAUAACCAGUAAUCAAUCAUCGAACUCCUUAAGUCCAAGUCCAUCAAAGCCAUCCUCAGUAGGACGUUGCAUUUCAUUUAGUGUAAAGACACUAAAAUAUGUGCUUUGAUCCACAAUCAAUACUGCCUAAUGAUCCGACAAUGAUCAUUAAGAAAGUAAGAUAACAAAAAAUGAUUUGGGCUUUAGCCUGUGGAACUCAUGCCAGAUCAAUGUUGCCAUGACAUUCAUUUCACGUGUUAACACCAUCCAUUGUUUCAGGCGAUGUUAAUGUGACAUUUGUAGGCGAACCGGGACCUCAGUCCGGUGUCCUCCUGGGAAUGAAGCUGGCAUGCUGGGAAACCAAAGCGAAUGCAUGAUGGGGGGGCGUUGAAAGAGCGUCACAUGCAGGUGUCUCUUCGUCUCCCACGUGAGGCCCUCGGUUGAGCGGUUGGGAGGGUGUGUGUAUGAUGGGGGAUGAAGCCAAGUAAUCCUCCCUAUUGUGAGAAAAAAACUUCCUAAGAUCUAUAUUUUCUUCAGCCAGAUAUUAAAAAGAUAACCAAACAUAAAUCAAUCAGAGGGUGAAAUUGUAUUUCUCUCUCACACCUCCUCCGUUUCCUCUCUGUCUCUCUCUACCUGCUGAGCUCAAAAGUGUUUGUGUGUGCGUGUGUGCGUGUGUGUGUGUGCGUGUGUG